ACGACACCUCCCGCUACAUGGCCCGCAGUUUAAGUGUGUCCAUAGACUCCUAUGAUAUUUCCCGUUUACAUGCAUCCACAAAGCUCGAACAUCCCUUCCUACCUCCGCGUCUCCUUCAAAUCUAGAAUUUCUACAGGACCCUCUCUCUUUUGGCUAGCUAGUUAGAUAUCUUUCAGGAUGGUAGACCACAUGGAGCUCUCUGUGGAGAGCGGCGGCGGUGGCAGGCCCCCGCCUACGCCCCAGAUCAGCCUUGUGGGACUGUUCCUCGCGUGCAUGGUCGCCGGCGGUGUGCAGUACGGCUGGGCGCUGCAACUCUCCCUCCUCACCCCUUACGUCCAGACAUUGGGAAUACCUCACGCUCUUACUUCAGUUAUGUGGCUCUGUGGUCCUAUUGCUGGAUUAAUUGUGCAACCAUGUGUGGGUCUCUCUAGUGACAAGUGUGGUUCGCCACUAGGGAGGCAGAGACCGUUUAUCCUCUCAGGAUGCAUCGUCAUCUCCAUAUCGGUUAUAAUUGUUGGGUUCUCCUCGGACAUCGGGUACGCACUCGGGGACACGAAGGAGGAUUGCAAAGAUUACACUGGGCCUCGGUACCGUGCGGCUGCUGCCUUCAUUUUGGGCUUCUGGCUGCUCGACUUCUCCAAUAACACAGUGCAAGAUGAAUGGAAGUGUUCUUACUUGGAGUGGGUUGAUCAAGAGUGGCCACAGUCUUUGAAGAUGUGCCUAGCAAAGCUUUGGAUCACGUAUGAGGAAGAGAACAAAGAUAGGCUUAGAGAAAGUGUUCUCAACACUGAAGAAUAUUUCAAGAUGUGGCAAAAAAAGAGCAAGAUGGAGAAUGAGCUCAGAUGUUUUAAAUUAGACUUUGCUAAGAUGGUGUUGGCAAAGGAGGAGGCACUUUCCAGGUUGGUGAGUGCAAAACAGGUUCUUACUGAACUGAAAGUAGAGGUGGAGAAGACAAAUCUGGCUGAUCAUGCAUCGAUCGAUUAGGGAAAUGAAUAUAUUGUCCUAAUAUUGUUCUUAUGUAGGUGAACUGGCUAUAUGCUCUGCCUCCGUUAACCUUUUGCUUUUAUUCAACUACACCACACACCAUUUGAUGAAGAAAACUGUAUGGCAUUGGGCUAUCACACACGAGGGCUAUACGAACGGAAACAUACUUCUUCGAUGGGCUGUGUGGGAUGUACAUACGAACGGAAACGUACUUCUUAGAUUGACUGUGUGGGGUGUACAUACGAACGGAAAUGUAUUCCUUGGAUUGACUGUGUGGAAUAUACAUACGAACGGGAACGUUUGUCUGUGACUGACUGUGUGGCAUGUACUUACGACCGAAACCGAUUGGGUCUGUAUAAUUGUAUUUGAUCG